AUGGUGUGUGAUUUUCUUCGAAAUCAUGUGAUACGCUCGUGUGCAGAGCUGAAUAGACAGUACGAAAGUUCACUGACCAGUGGGGAGCGUAGACUUCGUGAGACUCAACUACAGGUUCUCUUGGAGAUAUACACCAGCUACCUUGACCCAAAGGAGCCAGCAAAAGUGAAUGAGAUUGUUAGGAAAAUGAGAAUAGUUUACUUCGUUGCGAGUGCUAGCAAGAUGAGAACGUUCUUGGAAGAGCAAGUGUCUGACAAUUUCAUCCAUCUUGUUCCCAAGUUGAUUGCGGACGUUUUCGAUGAGCUUUGCAUACAGCUACCAGACGACCUGGAAGAAUUUGACUCGGUUUGGAAUAAAGAUGAUGACCUUGCUUUCCCAUUGUUUCACAAAGUGAAUAGUGGUGGUCGUCUGCAACAACUGGAUCAACUCAUCGAAGAAAUUCAUGCGCCUGAAGAAGAACCUCCUAACAUCAAAGGCAAAGCAUCCAAAAAGAAUGCAAAGGACUCAAAAGAAGCUGUUAUUGCGAAACCUGUUGGUGAUGACGGCGUGAAAUCGCCUUCCAGAAGUGAGCUUGUGGAAAUAUCCCUUUGGAAUUUUCUCUCUGUGCGUUCUUGCUUCCACUUUAUAUAG